UAUAUAAGAGGUUAGAGCAUCAAGCCCAUGGCAUUCCCAAUCGGAAGAGCUGGGGUUUCACUGCGACUAUCCUCUCAUUCCACUUGCUCCCAGUUCCAGAGACCUGCUCAGGCUGAACUUGUCAUGGAUGGACGUGAUUGGGAGACUCAUCUUUCUCGUGAAUCUCGCCUCAGGAUUGUCAACAGUAUAUCGAAUACGUUGAGGAGACAUCUUCCUGUUUCUGGACCAGAGGUACUACGUCAGCUAUGGAAAAUAGCUGAAAGGUUUGAGGAAAAGAUUUAUUCUGCUGCCACAAGUGAGUCUGAUUACCUCCGGAAAAUAUCUUUGAAAAUGCUGGCAAUAAAGGCUGCUAUGAAAGAAUCCCAUAGAUCCAGCAUGGACAUGUUGAAGAGACAUCUUCCUGUUUCUGGACCAGAGGAAUUGUGUGAGGUAAGGAAAAUUACUGAAAAGUUUGAGGAAAAGAUUUAUUCUGCUGCCACAAGCGAGUCUGAUUACCUCCGGAAAAUACCUCUGAAAGUGCUGGCAAUGGAGACAAAAUGUUUUAAUCCUGUAACCAAUUCUCUGCCAUUCAACUCUUUUGCUCACAGAUCCAGAAUCUGAGACUGGAAAAUGGAGUUGGCUGGAAGUUGCUGCUAUCAUCGAUCUUUCGUAGGUUACUAUGAUUUGGAGACUUGGAAAUGUAGAAUGUAAGUAAUAAUUUGGUCUAUGCAUCAUAUGGAAUGUUAGAUUUGCAGUUGGAAGCUGAUAUGGAAUGUUGCAGUUUUUACUAAUCA